UUUGUCAAUAGCCGCCAUGCUUGCCUAUGUGUACACUGUAUUCUGUAGCUAGCACUCUACAGGCAUUUUUGUCUAUUUAACUGUGUUAAUAUUGCUCUAAAAGCUGCUGAAAAACUUAGGACACUAUGAAAACCGUGUUUGUUACAGUUGGAACAACAUGUUUUGACGAUUUAAUAUCCAGCAUGACUUCAGCAGAGGUCGUAAAGGCAUUGGUGAACAGAGGAUACACAGAUGUGGUGCUUCAGGUUGGCCGGGGCUCGUCUGUUCCUGACUCACAGAGCUGUCCUGGACUGAGGCUCGAGGCUUUCCGGUUUAAAGAGUCCAUAGCAGAGAACAUCCAGCAGGCUGACCUGGUCAUUAGUCAUGCUGGAGCUGGAAGCUGUUUGGAGGCUCUUGGAGCUGGAAAGCCUCUCCUUGUAGUGGUCAAUGACAAGUUAAUGGACAACCAUCAGCUUGAGCUCGCCAAGCAGCUGCAGGCAGACUCACAUCUCCUCUACUGCACCUGCAGCACUUUACCUCAAACUCUAAGGGACAUGGACCUGUCUGCUCUGCUGCCGUUCCUUCCUGGCCAGCCUCAGAAGUUUGCCAGUUUUCUGGACAAAGCUGUUGGACUUGUGUGAUCACAUCACACCUGAAUGUCACAUCUAAAUUUGACUCUGAAUUUGUUGGACAGUAGUAAAACGGCUGCAUAAAAGAGUUUUAUAUCAUUGGCUGUCUUAAGUUAAGAACAGCCAAGUGAAUAAACCAAAAGAACAUGUGAAUGUAUACCAGUAAGCCAGUACAUUAUGACCACCUACUUAAUAUUCUUCACAUGCUCUAAACCCGCUGAAACAUGGACUCUAAAGAAAACAAGACCUCUGAAACUGAACUAUGGAAUCUAACACCAAGGACUUAACAGCAGAUCUUUUAAAAUGCUGCAUGUUGUUAGGUGGAGCCUGUGAAAUGGACUUGUUCCAGCACGUCGUACACAUGCUUUAUUGUAUUGAGAUGCUCACUUUUUUAGUUUUUUAUACUUUCAGACCAAUUACAGCAAGUUGAAGCAGACUAACAUCAGCCAUUAAACUAUAUAAGGACAAAAAGAACUGGUGUGCCGAAAUCCAACUUCUCCAACAGCCAUAUUGACGCAACAGAUUAUGCUGAUGAUUCCUGUAUCUACUGUAACUGUAGAUUAACCCUUAUUUAUAAACAGAAAUAAAAUAAAUCUGAGGGGAAUAUGUUAUAUACUCAUCCUACUGUUUGAUUCAAAAGGGGUUUCUGUUUUGAAAGCAAGGAUGAAUUCAGCACAACACUUAGAAAGCAACAUGUAAAAAAAUGGAUGUCAUCUGUCCAUAAUGUUUUGGCCAUUGGAAAAGGCUUCAGGUGUUCAUGUCUGCAAAAUUCACUUCAGUAUGACUAAUUGGUCAUAAAGAUUUGGCUCCUCUGUGUGUGUGGUAUAUACAUGUUGAGACAUAUUGAUGGUGCACCUACUGGACUUUUAUUAUUUCAUUAGUUCUGAUAUACUGAUAGUGAUAAAGGAUUAAUAAACUAUUUUUCUAUGAA